UAUCAAAGAAUGAUUAACUCAUCUCCCCGUCCUUGUCCAGGAAAGAAAAUGCUUGCUCAUAUUCAACUUCCAACUAUUUUAGUAUUUUACCUUUUUUAUUUUAUUUAAAAAUUGCAUAUAAAUAGCUGACCUGGUUUUGUAAACCUGUCCACGAAUAGUCUUUUGAUCGUUACCAUUAAUCUUUUCUCUUGGCGUUGGUUAAUUUUGAUCUUACAGAAUUUAGUGUAUUGGUCUUGUCUUGUUUCCAAAAGCAUUGCUUACAUUGAUCGAUAAAGAUGACUAUCACUGCCGCGCCUGGCAUCAAGGAUGGCUGCCUUAUGGUCAGAGACAAGGUGCUGCUUGCCCAAGUUCCGGAAAACGUCGUCAUUUCUGCCGCCACCUGCGACUCUGCUUUCGUCGGUGCCACUUCUUCGACUCCCAGUUCUCGUCAUGUCUUUAGCCUUGGAGUUCUUGAGAGAUACAGGUUCUUAUGCCUUUUUAGAGCCAAAAUCUGGUGGAUGAUACCUCGUGUGGGAAAAUCUGGUAGCGAAAUCCCCAUGGAAACUCAAAUGCUGUUGCUGGAAGCAACAGAGAACCCUGCCCUGCAUGAUGAGCUUUCUUCUGAGACGUCAACUGGCGACACCUUCUAUAUUCUCUUGUUGCCCGCGUUGGACGGACAAUUUCGAACCAGCUUGCAGGGGACUUCUGCAAAUGAGCUCCAGUUCUGCAUUGAAAGUGGAGACGCUAAUGUUCAGACCUCCCAAGCAUUCGAAGCAGUAUUUAUAAACUCAGGGGACAAUCCUUUUGAGCUCAUCAAGAAUUCUAUCAAGAUAUUGGAGAAGCACAAGGGAACAUUUGGCCGUAUCCAAAACAAGAAGAUCCCAGCACAUUUAGACUGGUUUGGAUGGUGUACUUGGGAUGCUUUUUAUUCUAAAGUUAAUCCACAAGGAAUCAAAGAUGGUCUUCAAAGAUUCUUGGAAGGCGGUUGUUCACCAAAAUUUCUUAUUAUUGACGAUGGAUGGCAAGAGACAGUAAAUGAGUUUUGCAAAGAAGGUGAAGCACCUAUUGAAGGGACACAGUUUGCAGCUAGAUUGGUUGACAUCAAAGAAAAUAGCAAGUUCAAGAGUUCAGGCUCAGAUGAUAUCUGCACCGAUCUCCGCGAGUUUAUUGAUAAAAUCAAAGAAAAAUAUGGACUAAAAUUUGUUUAUGUGUGGCAUGCUUUAGCUGGGUAUUGGGGAGGCGUCAUGCCAUCAUCUGAAACAAUGAAAAAAUACAACCCAAAGCUUGUAUAUCCGAUUCAGUCCCCUGGUAACAUAGGGAAUCAAAGAGACAUUGCCAUGGACAGCAUGGAAAAGUAUGGAGUUGGAAUCAUUGAUCCCUGCAAGAUCUUUGACUUUUAUAAUGAUCUCCAUAGCUAUCUAGUAAGCAGCAAUAUAGAUGGAGUCAAGGUGGAUGUUCAGAAUUUGAUUGAAACUUUAGGUACUGGGUAUGGAGGACGUGUUACAUUGACUAGAAAGUAUCAGGAAGCACUUGAGCAAUCUAUUGCAAGAAACUUUAAAGGCAAUAACCUAAUCUGCUGCAUGAGUCACAACUCAGACUCAAUUUAUAGUUCAAGGAAAAGUGCGGUUGCAAGAGCAUCAGAGGAUUUCAUGCCGAGAGAAUCAACAUUUCAGACCUUACAUAUCGCCUCUGUGGCUUUUAACAGCCUUCUUCUUGGGGAGAUUGUGGUUCCAGACUGGGACAUGUUCCAUAGCAAACAUAAGACGGCUGAGUUCCAUGGUGCUGCAAGAGCAGUGGGUGGAUGUGCAGUAUAUGUAAGUGACAAGCCAGGCAAUCAUGAUUUUAAACUCCUGAAGAAGCUUGUACUGCCUGAUGGGUCUAUUCUGAGAGCUAGACAUGCUGGCCGUCCUACUAGAGAUUGUUUAUUUGUAGAUCCUGUCACGGAUGGAAAAAGUUUGUUGAAAAUAUGGAACUUGAACAAGCUAUCUGGGGUCAUUGGCAUUUUCAAUUGCCAAGGAGCAGGAAGUUGGCCUAUGAAACAAGCAGCUGAAGAAAUGCCGAAUGUACCAUUCACGCCUUUAACCCUUUCAGGCAAUGUGAGGCCUACUGAUGUUGAAUUUCUCAGAGAGGUUGCAGGUGAAGAUUGGAACGAGGAAAGUGCAGUCUAUGCCUUUAAUUCAGGAUCUCUUUCUGUACUGCCAAAGAAUGGAAGUCUUGAAGUGUGCUUAGCCACCCUCGAAGGCGAAAUAUAUACCAUCUCCCCAAUCAGGGUUUUUGGUCAGGAUAUUCAUUUCGCCCCGAUUGGAUUGCUGGAUAUGUACAACUCUGGAGGUGCAGUUGAAGCUGUAAACUGCAGGAUUACGGAUUCUUCAGAAUGCAGAAUCAAAAUAAAAGGGCGAGGAUGUGGCAGAUUUGGAGCCUACUCGAGCACUAAGCCUAAGCAUUGUAUGGUGGAGAAUAGGGAAGAGGAUUUCACAUAUAGUGCAGUAGAUGGAUUACUGGCGAUUAAGCUACAAGGCAAAUGCAAUUUGAGAGAGAUUGAAUUUGUAUAUUAAGGCCUCUCUUUCAUUUGAUUUUCUUCCUAUGAUAGAUUUCAUGUCUUGUGGGCAUAGAGUUAAUUUUUGCAUAAUUGCAGAACAUGUAAAAUA